AUGGAAAGCCGCUCGAGCGCCCGAGCGGCGAGCGAGGUCUCCGCGCCGCCUGGAGGGAAACCGCGCGCCUUGGCCUCGGCUGCGAAGCGCGUCAAGUGUCGGCGAGCAGCCCUCGCGGCUGCGCGAGCGAGGAAGGCCGCGCAGGAAAGGCGGCGUGCUGCGGAAACGGAGAAAAACGCCGCCAAGGAGAGGCGUACACCCUGCCUCGUCUCCUCUCUGGAGAAGUUGCGAAAAACCUGGAGCCAGACAGGGCCGUGCGUGGCCGAGUUCCUGGCAGGCGAGAGCGGCGGAGCGCGAAAAACGGGGCGAAACCGGACGGCGUGCUGGAAGGACUGGCGGCAGCUGCGACACGUGGCGAAGCUCCUGCUGGAUCCGCUGGAUUCCGUCUGCGGAACAGAGAGCGCUAGGGGGUGUCAAGGGAGGCCUGAAGCCAAAGCCCAUGGCAGUGGAGACGGUUUCCGCGAGAAGAGCUGUCGAAUGGAACUGCCGGAGGAAGACCGGAGGCAGCGGAAAAGGGAGCGCGAGACGACCCCGAGCUCCAUCAGAGAUGCCUGGGAAGAAGCCGCCGUGCAGAUUGGUGUAUGGAAACUCCGCGACCGGCGUCUGCCGGUGCCUGUAGAGACGACCGCCGUCCUUCUCGAUGUUCUCCUGAGAGAUCCGUUCCUCUCUUCGUCCGCCGACGUCUUUGGUUCUUCGCCCCUUUCGUCUCCGGAGUCUUCGGAUGCGACGGCCACACGCCGUUCCCGAGCCUUUGUCUACGGCCCGACGCUGCGCCUCGCGUACGCGAUGAGCCUCGUCCGGGUGGUGAACCGCCUCGUGGACGCUGUAGGGCCUCGGUCGGUCACCCGAUCUGUAGCCGCCGUUGCCGCCGAGCUCGGCCUCCACCAGGAACUAGUCCAGAUGCGCCACGACGCGACGCACCAAAAUCUGCCGGCUCUGUCGCUGCUUCGCGAGGGCGCCUUGACCGCGCUAGACCAUCUCUUGCGGCUGUGGUGGACGCCGCAACUGGAGCGCCUCGACUGCCUUCUCGGCCCGCCAGGCGGACGCGGCGAAGCCGCCGGCCGGGUGUCUGUACACCUCGUUUCCUCGUGGCUGACGACUGCAGCUUCGCUCGUCCGGGCCAGCAGGCCGCUUCCCGCCCUGGUUCGGCGCGCGAAUGCGGCAGCUCAAACGCGGGCCCCGUCGCUCAAAGCCGCUGUCGAAAGCGGCCUGGCGAAACAGGCAUUGAACCCGCUAGCUGAGGCAGCAGCCCAGGCCGCCCUGCGAGGUGUACAGACACCCGCCGACAUGGCCCAGGAGCUUGCGCAGAGUCUCCAGCAGGCCAUCGCCAGGUUCGCAGACGCCUCGCCACGUGAAGACAGGAGUAAAGACGGCAGCCAAGAAAGCAACCUCGGCAGAUCCUCGCCGGAAACGGCGUCUUUUCCGCCUCCGCUGUCGCCCACGCCUCCUGCGUCGGACCCUGUCCAGCGAGGCGAUGCUGCCUCCGCCGCUUGUGCCGCAGCGGAAGUCUCUCUGGCUGCCGAUAGGCCUGUUGGAGCGUCAGCCGGGGAAAGCGACUCCGAAGAGCUUUGCUCUGAAGGGGAUGCUGAGCCUGCGGCACCGACGCGGGCUCCCAGCCGGAAGAGGGCGCGCGAGAACCAGUCAGAGACAGACUGGCACAAACUCCCGAAACGCCAUGAAACGGAAUUGCUCGAGUGGGCCAUUGAAGACGGCGGCAUUGGGCGCGCUGGGUGGGGUGUACGUACACUGCUGCAGCAGCAGGUCUUCGAAGCCGACGUCGACGAAGAAGUUGCCAUUUCCUUUUGUGUUGAGGGUCUGAUGGCCAGCUUCGAUGCCGCGUCGUACCCUGUGCUUCAGAUUUUCUUUCUCCAGCUUCUGCCGCUGCUCUCGCCAGCGUUUGCCGUCGACUGCCUUUCACGCCUCUUCCUUCUCCUACUGCAUGCGGAUCCGCUCUGGUUUGAUGUCGUCUCACAAGAGACCGCCUCCUGCGGGCUUUCUUCUCGUAGCUUUCCGUCCAGCUUCUCCCUCUCCCCGGAGCUGUCUCCGACGGAAAAGCCGACCACGACGCAGACCCCUGAAAACAGGCCACGCGCACAUCCGCCUCGUACAGUUCCCCCGCCUUCUCUCUCUCCGUCCUCGUCAUGUGUCCCCGCUUCUUGUUCUGAAGCGAUUUCUUCCUCGGCCUCUCCUUCAUCCGACUCGCCCUCGUGUUCGAGAGGCCCGCUGCGACCGCCACCUCCACGCGCUGGCUGUGGAGAACGAGGACCUGUCUCUCGUGUUUCUUCUCGUCCCGAGGGAGAAGUUCUUUUCCGCGCGCAAGCAGCAGCCAGGCGAGCUCAGCUGUGGCGGCAGCUGCUUCGCCAUGACACACAAGACAAGUCCACGACGCAGGGGCGGCGAGAAACGCAAGCAGAGGCAAGUGCCGUGCGCGAAAAAGGGAAUGCAGAAGAUUCGCUUGACGUUUUUACUGCGGCGUGCGGGUCCCACUCGGGAAAAUACUGCCGAGGGAAAGAAGACGGAAGCGCACUGCGUUGCCCGCAGUGUAUGUACACCUCAAUGGGCCGGAACCUGCUAUCUUGGCUGCCGCUCUUCACCGGGACAUUCACGCAACCGUUUUCGCUCCCGCGACUGCCAUCCAUUUCGGGCGACGAUGCGGACUUGAGGGGAAACGCCGCAUCAGACGAAGAGAAACAGAUAGACGGAGACGACAGUGAAGCGGGCAAAGACGACAGUGAAGGGAACGAAGGACGUGCAGAAGACGUGCUGGGGAGCCUGACGACGGGCGUCUCUUCUCUGGGCGUUAUGGCUGUGCUCCACCACUACGCACAUCACCACUUUCUUUUGGAGGAAGAAGAGACGUCUUUGCCGAAUGGAAAGGAACAGCACGGCCACCUCUUGCUCUCCGACUGCGCGGUCUCUGCGUGCGUUCCCCAACCAGGCCAGAGAGCCCGUUCCGUUGGAGACCGAGACCAACAAGAAGACGGAGCUUCGCUUCCUCACCGCGAAGCGAACUUCGAGGCGUUUCUGAUGUGGCAGAACACGACCAGUUCCGCCUGGGGGCCUGGCGACGGUCCCUCGGACGACAGCUUGUAUCCGCUGCAUGCAUCCGCUUCUGCGUCCACGCCGGUCCUGGCUGUCGAGACGGAGACGAAGAAGAGCCACCUCAAACGACGCGAGUGUUCACUCGCCCAGCUGUUCAUCGCAGCCCAGCAGCGACUCGCCUCUUCCUGGCGGCUCGCGGGUUCCUCUGUCCGGCUCCACUGCGCGCAGGCGCUGCUUCGUCUCUGUGAGGAAGAGCCGCGCGGGGGAACUGCUGAGGCAAACGCGGCAGGGGAAGAGAAACGGGCGUGCGCAAGUCGAAAGCAAAGUGCGGAUUUGAGCAAGCGGUGGAACUGCGACACUGAGAGUUCUCAAGAGGCGCGCGAGCGCUGUGAAGCCCUGCGGUCUCCCUGUGGUGUGUGCGAGACGCCGGUGGGCGUCGAUCGUUGUGCUGGGCUUUUCUCCUCUUCUUCGUCCGACGCGUCUUCUGUCUCUUCGUCUCCAUCGGGCCAUUCUGCGGGUUCGUCGGCGCAGCUGCCGUCUGCGUCUGUGCCGCGUUCAUCUCCUUUGGUGUCUUCUUCUCCCUGGUGGCUGCGAGUGUUUCGCCUGAAGACGCUCACUGCGGUCACAGCUGCUCUGGCCCACCCUGCGACUUCGCUGCCUGCGGAUCUCCAGCUGAAAAGUUUCGAUCUUUUCCGUCGUUGUGCGGCUCUUUUGGAGGACUGGGAACUGAAGGACCAAGGGCGUGCCCCAGCGGGCGACGUGCGGCCAGGCUUUCGCUCUGCACUUUUGUCUGAACUUGAAAGGCAAGAGGGAGCGUGGAAUCCGCGCACCAGAGGAGAGAACGACGCAAGGACGAGGCGGGGCGAAGCGCGAGGAAAGCGGAGGGCCGAAGAUCUGGUGGAAGACGAAAUGAGGGAAACGGCGGUGAACGGCGAAUGCGGAGGAAAGGAAGAACCCGCGGACGGAGCGGGAGGCGAGAACUGCGCGGUGGAAUUCCUGGAUUCGAGCGAAGAGGAGCAAGUCGCUGCGGAGACGCCGUACUGUAUGUACACUGGUGGCUGGCGCUGGAGUGGCGAGUCGCUUCGCAUGCUGUCGGAUUCCGACGAGGAAGAUGAGGACCGCGCAGAAGAGCUAGGCGUGACCAAGACAGGACACUGGCGGACAGACAGAGUGAUGCCAGUGCUCCAUGUGCUUGUCGCCAGGAUGAGAGAGCGCCUCAAGGAUCUGCAGCCAGGAGGGACAAUACAGGAUGGACGAGAAGAAGAAGGGGAAGAAGAGGAUCAAGCUGAGGACGACGAGGACGAAGGAAAAGACCUUCCGGAAAGACACGAAAGAAGGGAAGUGGAGCGAACGCGCGAUCGGCCUCGUCUGAAACCCUUACGCGUCGCCACGCCAGCAGAACACCUAAAGCCAGGUCCAUCUCAAGACAUGAGACAGACGGUCGGAGGAAGACCAAAGCGGAGGCGGAAACGCAGACCCAGACGGAAAGGAGACAAACCAGACGUGGAAGCGGAGGCCGAGGGCGCGAAUGAGGAGUGCGGCGGAGAGAAGGAAGAAAAGAUGCUGGGUUCGUCAGGUGAAGGAGAGGUCUCCGAGGUUGAGCGCAGCCAAGGGGGCGACUUGCGAGACGCCGAGGAAACACACGUUUCUAGCGAUGUCUCCAUGUUUUUCGACUUGCACGUUGGGUAG